UAUUCUUCACACGGCGUCUCUCUGCGGCCAUGGUAACACUUUCCUCUCCACUGGACCUCUGAUUAAAAAAAAGAAACACAAACAAGUGCUUUUCAUGCAGCUCGUAUUCAGCAUGAACCUGGCAGAGAUAUGCGACAACGCCAAGAAGGGUCGGGAGUACGCUUUGCUGGGGAACUACGAGUCCUCCGUAGUGUACUACCAAGGCGUCAUUCAGCAGAUACACAAGCACUGCCAGUCGCUCAGAGACCCCGCACUCAAGGCCAAAUGGCACCAGGUCAGGCAGGAACUGGCGGAGGAGUAUGAGCAGGUGAAAGGCAUCAUGGGAACGCUCGAGAGCUUCAGGUCCGAGAAGCCGGCUGACGUUCUCGCUCCUCAGUGGGAGGAGAGGCCCGAGGAUCCAGCGGUGUGGCCCCCUCCCACCCCUGCAGAACACAGGAAUCUGAUUGCAGUGAAGCGGCCCAACAGUGCAGUGAAGCAGCAGAGAAAGGACUCGCCCAGUCUGCAGCAUCGAGGGGCGGCAGGGCCAGGAGGCCGCGGUCAGGCCAACUCGAAACCAGACCGGCAGGCUUCCAGAGACGCCCGAGGCACCAAGGCUAAAGACGAUAAGGGGAAGAAAGACAUGUCAGGGGAUGCAGAGCAGAAGAAGUUCGAUGGCACGGGACACGACAGCGACCUGGUGGACUCACUGGAGAGAGAUAUUGUGUCCCGCAACCCCAACGUACACUGGGAUGACAUUGCUGACCUGGAAGACGCUAAGAAGCUGCUGAGAGAAGCGGUGGUGUUGCCCAUGUGGAUGCCCGACUUCUUCAAGGGCAUCCGUCGCCCCUGGAAGGGCGUGUUGAUGGUCGGCCCCCCCGGGACGGGGAAGACCAUGUUAGCCAAAGCCGUGGCCACAGAAUGUGGGACUACUUUCUUCAACGUGUCCUCCUCCACCCUCACCUCCAAAUACAGGGGCGAGUCCGAGAAACUUGUUCGUCUGCUGUUCGAGAUGGCCCGCUUUUAUGCACCAACAACCAUCUUCAUAGACGAAGUCGACUCCAUCUGCGGCCGGAGGGGAACGUCUGAUGAACAUGAGGCCAGUCGCAGGGUCAAGUCUGAGCUUCUGGUUCAGAUGGAUGGCGUGGGGGGAGCUCUGGAUAACGAUGACCCCUCCAAGAUGGUGAUGGUCCUCGCCGCUACCAACUUCCCCUGGGACAUUGACGAGGCGCUACGACGGCGUCUUGAGAAGAGGAUUUACAUCCCCCUGCCCUCAGCUGUGGGUCGUGUCGAGCUUCUAAAGAUCAACCUCAGAGAGGUGGAUGUGGCUGCUGACGUGGACCUGGGCCUGAUCGCUGAGAAGAUUGAAGGCUACUCCGGAGCCGACAUCACCAACGUCUGCAGGGAUGCGUCCAUGAUGGCGAUGCGUCGGCGGAUCCAAGGCCUGAGCCCCGAGGAGAUCCGGGCUCUGUCCAAAGACGAGCUGCAGAUGCCCGUGACCAGGGAGGACUUCACGCUCACGCUCAAGAAGAUCUCAAAGUCCGUCUCCACCGCCGACCUGGAAAAGUACGAAGCCUGGAUGGCUGAGUUUGGGUCAGUGUAGAGAACGAUUACCGUUCAGACCCCACCCAGAGGGAGCUGAAUUUCAAAGGAGGACUUUGAAAAUGAAGAGGAGGGCUUUGGGGAGUGUAUGCCACGGAGCGGACUGAGCUCUGUGAACUGGGCAGCGCACCAGGGAUCAAGAUUACACAUCAGUAGAAGGGUGCUUCUGAGAGAGAGAGAGUGUGCGUGAUGGAACUUUCAGUGGCUGCACUCCCACACCUUCACAUACCCCCCCCCCCCCCUCGGUGUUGCUUCCACAACAUUGUCCGUGUAGAGACUUUCAAUCGUCCAGCUGCUGACUGACGUGAGUAACCCAACGAAGGAAAGGGGAACUUUAAAUGUAAAAAAGUAGCCUAAUACAGGUAGACCAGGGAAUGUUUUACUUACAUGUCCGGCCUCGUGCAAGAACAUUUGCAUGUUCCUAUCCUCAACACAAACCUUUCUUUUGCCUUUCCGCUCAUCUACUUAUCUAAGAUAAGAAGAAAAAAAUUACUCUUGUAUCUCAAUUUUAAGGCCGUUGAUUAUCCAAACGAUCAAAUCUCGGCAAAUCUCGUUGGCUAGAUUUGAUCGUUUGGAUAAUCAACGGCCUUAAAAUUGAGAUACAAGAGUCAUUUUUUUCUUCCUCCAUUUGUAGGCAGGUUUCUUUGGGCAGGUUACUUCUGGGAAAUAAUAAUUUCCCAGAAGUUUCACAUCCUGCUUUCACAAAUCAGCAAAUGUAUUAGAAGACCUGAAAAACAACAGAGGAUCUUCAACAGGAAAUCGUCCCUCCAUAAAAAAACUAACCCUGAAGCAGAUGCCGGUGCGAGAGAAUUUCCCCAACAAAUACUAAAUUGUACAUUCUCAAGUUCUCCAGUGGAACCUACAAAGGAUGUGGUGCUGGAGAUUUCUUGCAUGAGGCCCUUUGUCUUAACGAGCGGUGUGGUUGAGCACUUUUAAUGUAUUUCCUCCAGAAGCCCAUGUGCUUACUACUGACUGAACACACUUGAAGAACCACAAUGUUUUAUAGUGUCUGGCUGUGCGUAUGUGUUUUUUCUUUGUUGGUUUUUUAAUAAUUGUUUUUUUUUCUCGAUUUUAGUUCUGUUAAGACAAACAAAUGUAGCCAGGCUAAAACAACAUGGCCGCUGGACCCAUGGAAUGUUUAUUAAAGAAUAUCACAGUUCAA